AUGUUGUCGCCAAAAAUUACGAAACUAUGCUGGGGCUCAAUCGCGGUAGAAAAAAUUGGUGACGACGGUAGGCCUAUUGAAGGUGAAGAAAUUUCAUAUCGAGAUGCCAAAGUCUGGCCCGGUGGUAGCAGUGGUUGGGAUUGGAACAAAACUGGUGAGUUUAAACUCUGUUUUUACCGCAUUAUUCUUUUAACUUACUACUCUUUCAACCGUGGAAUAACUUUAAUUAGUGCACUGUUUGUCUAUGUGCUUUCUUGUUUUCUUUUUGUUUUAUUGUUACAUCAGUGA